AAUCGUUUUUGAUGGAAUGAGUUGCUUCACUCAAAUAUGCAUGCAUAGCUUGUACAUCAUGAGGGAUCAAAAACAAAUUCCUGAAUCAGGGCCUUUUGUCAUACCUGAUUUGCCAGAUAGGAUUGAAGUAACUAAAUCUCAGCUGCCUGCGCAUUUCAAUCCAGGAGGCAUUUCCAUACAAGAUAUUCGGGACAAAAUAAGAGCAGCUGAAGAAAGAGCCUAUGGAGUUGUCAUCAAUACUUUCGAGGAGUUGGAACAAAGGUACGUUGACAAAUUCCGAAAACUAAAAGAUGGUAGAGUAUGGUGCAUUGGGCCUUUGUCUCUUUGUAACAAUGACAAUAUAGAUAAAUCUCAGAGAGGGAAUAAGGCCGAAGAAUGUAAUUUGAUGAAAUGGCUUGAUUCUUGGCAGCCUGAGUCUGUUGUGUACGCAUGUCUUGGGAGCCUUGGUCGUACUCCGGUUGUACAAUUUGUGGAGCUGGCUUUAGGCCUAGAAGCAUCAGGUUAUCCAUUCAUUUUAGUCAUAAAAGCAGGAGAAGGACAAGCACCAAUAGAGGACUGGAUAUCCAAAAAUGGAUUUGAAGAAAGAACAAAAGAAAGAGGGCUUUUAAUCCGUGGCUGGGCACCACAAGUACUAAUUCUGUCACACCCUGCUAUUGGGGGAUUCUUAACACAUUGUGGUUGGAAUUCAACCAUUGAAGGGAUUAGUGCUGGUGUGCCUAUGAUCACGUAGCAGUUUCUAAAUGAGAGGUACUUAGUACAUGUAUUGAAGAUUGCUGCGGGUGUUGGAUUUGUGCGUUUGGGCGAGGAAGAGAAGUAUGAGGUCCAAGUGAGUAACAAAAAGGUAACGAAUGCCAUAAAAAAAGUAGUGGACAAGGAGAAAGAAGGAAACGAGAUGAGAAAAAGAGCUAGAAAACUUGGAGAAAUGGCAAAAAGGGCUGUACAAGCUGAUGGAUCUUCUUAUCUCAGUGUGACACAUCUAAUCAAAGAAAUACAAGAAUUCCACCUUAACCAAUCAGCUAAAAAUGCAAAUGCACAAAAAAUGGCUGAUAAUGGUGUUAACAACACACACGGCCUUGAGGCCCACUGA